GGCAUUCGCUUCCCGGCAGUCAGAGAGUUCGCAACACGGUUCGCGUUUCGAUGUCAGAGUGCGCGGUACCGUUGCAUCUAUAAGGAUUACUUGGGUGUUGGCCACUGGGAAAUUACUCUAUUAAUUGAAUGUGGAAUGUGAAUGUGGAAAUGUUUACUGCUUAGAUUAUGUGCAAUUUGAAAGAGUACUGCAGUGAACUAUAAAAACCAUAGUAGUUGAGAAGUUAUCGGUGUUAUUGUAUCUAAGUCUAGUCAGAGGAUUAUAGCAAACUCUUGAGUGUUUGGAGAGGCAAAAGUCAAGGACCAACAACACGCGUUUCACUUGUCCAGCUCGCUGCCCCCCCUCCAGGAUCUCGAACCUUGGGACACGUGCUGGUCACGCGUCGCCAAUCUGCGGAUCGGAAGUGUUAGCUUUACCGUUAUGCACUUAGCUGGCAAUUAGGCAGACAAACAGAAGCGCAACAGAUUUACCAACUUCGAGCUCUCCGCUUCAUCGACCAUGUUUUCCAUGGAUAAUUUCGACUUGGAAGCCACGAUGGCGCGCCAUUUCUUUGAGGGAUCACAGGCCACCAACGCCUCUACCUCCAGCUCCGAUUACUUUUUCGGGGACGAGCACAGCUCGGAGAGUGAUGACGAGGACGAUGCCUAUAGCAGUGGGUUCAACAGCGACCAGGAGAACACCGAGAAGACCCGGAGAAGCCACAAGCCCCGACGCUUAAAGUGCGCCUCCCAAAUGGCCCAGCAACGACAGGCGGCCAAUCUCCGAGAGCGCCGCCGGAUGCAGAGCAUCAACGAGGCGUUCGAGGGUCUGCGCACCCACAUUCCCACGUUGCCCUACGAGAAGCGACUGAGCAAGGUCGACACACUCAAGCUGGCCAUAAGCUACAUAACCUUCCUCAGCGAGAUGGUCAAGAAGGAUAAGAACGGGAACGAGCCGGGCUUAAGUCUGCAGCGUAACUACCAGAAGGAGCCGCCCAAGAAAAUUAUCCUCAAGGAUCGCACUGGCGGUGUGGCGCACUCGUUGUCCUGGUACCGCAAGGGGGACCGAUAUCCGGGCAGUAAGCUCUACGCCAGGACCUGGACACCGGAGGACCCACGGGGUCCCCACUCGCAGCCCCUGCCGCUGUACAACAACAGCAACUCGAAUCAAAAUCAAAACAGCAACCAGAGCAGCGACGACUUCAGCGGAAGUGGUGCGGAUAUGUCGGAUCCUGGAGCAACGGCCAGUAUUUUCAGCACCGGCAGUGGAAUGUGAGCAUCAGGAACAAGUCCUGAAAAGAGUCAGAGAGAAUGAGAUUCAUUGGAAAUCGUACUAGUCAAGCCUUGCUAGUCCUGGCAUCAAACACAUAUUAACCAACUUAAUAAUUAUAUAAAGAAAACAUGUUCUGUGGUAUUUAAUUGCUCUAAGUUUGCUAAUAUCUAAAUGUUAUACAUAGUGGUUUAGUUUAAAUCGAAUAAACAUUUCACACAAAUCUA